UUCCGUGCGCUUAGUUGGCGCGCGGGGUCUGAGACCAACACAGCCAGAGACCAAGAUACCUGGUAUCCGUCCGUAUAAAAGAAGAGGGACAGGGCUGAACGAACGGAAUACGUGUACAAUACAGUUUAAAAACGGAGCAACAACGCGAAACGAAUACGACGACCACGACCGAGACGACCGAACGUUUUCUACACUACUCUCACUUUCUUUUUUUGUAACAUUUUAUUUCGCGUGCUCGCGUUUCGUUUCGAGAAUCGAUAGUGCGCGGGAAACGCGUCGAUCUACGCCGAGGUGCCAGGAACCGUAAUAGGAUUUUCUUUGGAAGGUCUUUGGAUAUCUCACGCUUCAAGUAUCGAAGCGUCGAAACUCACCGAAGGCGGUAGGGAGAGUUGGAUGGUGCCGCGGGCCGGCACCGUUUGAACCCCCCCGACCCUCAGUGAACCUUUCUCGGAGACGUAGAGAGGAGAGGGAGAAGAGAGGAAGAAGUCUCUGUGAGGACGAGGGUGGCGUGCCACCCGAGGGAGAGCGGUAAGGGCGACCCAACACCAUGGGGGUCGCCGACGAUUUCGCGCCGAGCUUCACCCAGAAGCCGCAGCUCAGGCAGGAAGACGACGGGAACCGACUGAUCUUCGAGUGUCAAUUGAUCGGCUCGCCUAAACCGGACAUAUCAUGGUACCGAGGCGAGACGGAGCUCAGUCCGGAUUCCAGGACCAACUUCAAGAUGCAGAGCAUCGGGACGAACAAGUUCCUGGUCGUCCUCGAGCUCGACGACGUCAUCGAGACGGACGCGGGCUUGUACAAGGUCAAGGCCAAGAAUAAGAUGGGCGAAGUCGCAGCUUCCAUUAAUCUGAACUUCAGCCCUGUCGACGAGCCUAGGGAGAAACAAAUCGAUGGAAUCGCGCCAACUUUCGCGAAGAAGCCUGCUAUCAGACAAGAGGACGAUGGUAAACGAUUACUUUUCGAAUGUCGCAUCACAGCCGAUCCCACGCCCAAGGUGACGUGGUUUCACGAUGGGGACAUGGUCAAAGAUUCGCCGAGGCACAAGCUCACCGUCGACAAAGAUGGCCACUCGUACUUCGCAACAUUGGAAAUUAAGAACGUGACCGUCGAGGAUGCUGGCAAAUACAAGGUCACCGCGAAGAACGAGCUCGGCGAAUCUAACGCCACCAUUUCCUUGAACUUCGACAGCGACGAGGCACCGGUCCCCGACGACGGUAUUAAACCGACGUUCACCGAACGACCGAUCAUAAGGCAAUCGGAGGACGGUAACACCAUCACCUUCGAGUGCCGAUUAGUAGGCGACCCAAAACCGAGCGUCAAGUGGUAUCACGGUAGCGAUGAGGUGAAAGAGGGUGGAAGAUACGGGAUGUCGUUGGAACUGGAUCAAAAACUGUAUCAUCUAGCGAGGUUGAGGAUCGACAACGUCGCAAAAGGAGACGCCGGGGAAUACAAGGCCGUUGCGAAGAACAAGCACGGUCAGGGCGUGGCCACCAUCAACUUGAACUUCGAGGGGGGUGACAAGCUCAAAAUACCAGACGGUAAACCGCCGCGUUUCCCAAAGAAGCCGACGAUUCGACAAGAAGGGGACGUGUUGAUCAUGGAGUGUAUCUUGGAAGCUCACCCGGUGCCGGACAUUACCUGGUACCAAGGCCAGAAGCCCAUCGCCGACAGUAAACGCGUGAAGAUGUCACGCAAGGCGACCGGGAAGGACGCGUAUUUGCUCACGCUCGAGAUCUCGAAUCCGACGAAGGCCGACGGUGGAAAUUAUCGGUGCAACGCGUUUAACAACUUCGGCGAGAGUAACGCCAACAUCUCUCUCAACUUCCAAGAAGAAGGACCCGGUUUCGCACCCACGUUCGUCGAGAAACCACGCAUCAUUCCGAACGAGACCGGUACACUGAUCACGAUGAAGUGCAAGUGCAAGGCGAACCCGAAGCCGGAGGUCACCUGGUUCCGGGGGACGAACGUCGUCAAGCAAUCUUCCAAGAUCUCGAUCAAGAUCAACACCGUGGAGGAAGACGUUUACGAAUUAAUCAUGGAAAUUAAGGAUCCUUCGGCGCCGGACGGCGGCACUUACAGGUGUCACGUGAAGAACGAAUACGGCGAGAGCAACGCUAAUCUGAAUCUGAACAUCGAGGCCGAGCCGGAACCCGAGGGCGACGGACCGACCUUCGUCGAGAAGCCGAGGAUUCAGUCUCAAAAUCAGGGUAAACUCGUAAUCAUGGACUGCAAGGUGAAAGCGAAUCCAAAACCGGAGAUCGUGUGGACUCGCGCGGGUCAGGUGAUCAAAGAAUCCUCCAAAAUCUCGCUGAGCGUCGUACAAGAAUCGGAGGACGUGUAUUACAUCAAAUUGAGUCUGAACGAUCCAGGACCCGACGAUUCGGGAUUGUACAAGUGUAACAUCAAGAAUGCUCUCGGCGAACUGAACGCCAACUUGACGCUCAACGUCGAAAUUAUUCCGGUGAUCAAGGAGAAGCCGAAGGUGAUCAAGAUCGUGAAGAAGAAGACGGUCGUGGUCGAGUGUCACGUGCUCUCCAAGUUCACGCCGGAAUGUACUUGGUUCAAAGAAACGCAAGCUGUCAAAGAGGACAACAGGCACAAAGUGCACGUGGAGCAAGUGAAGGACGGUGAAUUCGCUGUGAAAUUGGAAAUCGAGCAAGUGUCGGCCGCCGACAAAGGCGUCUACAAACUGGUCGCCCGAAACGAGAAGGGAGAGGCGACGUCUCAAGUCGUGGAGGUGACAGAAAUUAUGGAAGAGGGAGAAAAGCCUAAGAUAAAGUCCGGGCUGAAAUCGAUAACGAUCGAGGAGGGUAAAUCGGUCGAGCUCGUCGCCAGUCUCACGAAGCAGGACCGCAAAGUGACCAUCACCUGGUACAGAGACACCACGUUGAUCAAGGCCUCUAAAGACGUGAUGAUAUCUUUCAACGGUACGGACAUGAAACUGACGAUCACGUCCGCUUCCACUUCGUUCACCGGCAACUACAGGGUCGUCGUCAGCAAUGACUUCGGUCAGGACGAAUCGUCGGCGCGGUUGAUCGUCAAGAAGGUAGAAAAGAUCGAAGAGAAGAAGGAAGAGAAGCCUGCCCUCAAAACAGAGAAAACCGUGUCUCGAAAACAAUCUAUCAGCAGAGUGGAGGAACUGAGGACAGAAAGCCGAAGAAGUUCUCUGGUGACAACGGAUGAAAAGACCGAAGAAGAAGUGACGACGGAGAGCCGACGGUCAUCCAUCGUCGAGAGGAAGGUGACAGAAAAGAAGGAGGAAGUCGCCGCUAAAGUAAAAACCGUCGGAAAGGAAGAGAAGAAGGAGGAACCUAAACCCAAACCCAAAUCCAAACCCGAAGAAGAACCUAAGAAGACAGAACCCUCCAAACCAGAGACCGUUCCUAACAAGACCGAGGAGAUCAAGAAAGAGGAACCCGUCGCGAAACCCAAGGCUCCUGUCGACAAACCCGAGGCGAAGAAGGAUGAACCUGUCGCGAAACCAAAGGCCGCGGCGCUUGGUAAACCCGAGGAGGCCAAGAAAGAGGAACCAGCUCCCAAACCUAAGGCCACUCUCGGCAAACCCGAAGAGCCUAAGAAGGAAGAACCAGCUCCCAAACCUAAGGCCACUCUCGGCAAACCCGAAGAGCCUAAGAAGGAAGAACCAGCUCCCAAACCUAAGGCCACUCUCGGCAAACCCGAAGAGCCUAAGAAGGAAGAACCAGCUCCCAAACCUAAGGCCACUCUCGGCAAACCCGAAGAGCCUAAGAAGGAAGAACCAGCUCCCAAACCUAAGGCCACUCUCGGCAAACCCGAAGAGCCUAAGAAGGAAGAACCUGCGAAACCUAAAACUACACUUGGUAAACCCGAGCCGCCAAAGGCGGAAGAACAACCAAGGAAGCUGAGUUUGAGGCCCGUGAAGAAGAUCGAGGAGGAGGCGAAGACGAUGGAGAAAAUAGAAUUGAAGAAAGUUGAAAAAACGGAGAAGACCGAGGCGAAGAAGACUAAGGCGAAGGCGGCCAAGGAUAAGGGUUACGAAUUGCCAGAGAUUCCGGAUUACGAACGACCAGUACUGGAGAAACCCCAGGAAUUCGACUUCGGCGAAUUUCAGCCUCGAGACAAAACCAAGCUCGAGAGGCCAGUCACCCAGAAAUUCGAUUCGAAGCCGAAGGUGCCGGAGAUCAAAGCACCCGAGACGCCCAAGAUCGAAGUUGUGAAAGACGUGACACCGGCUGGAAGCAGAAAGGGUUCGUUGGCGCCCGGGAGUGGGACAGCUAGUCGACGGGGUUCCUUGAUACCACCGGAGGAAUUGGGUCGCAGACCCAGUCUGAUCAUCAGUGACGAGGAGCAUAGAAAGCUGCGUCCAGGCGAGGUGGUGGACGAGCGCAAGUUGGGAAGGUUACGCCCCGGCGAGGUGCUAGAUAUUAAGCGUCGUCGUCCGAGCACGGACGUCAGAAGACCCAGCGUGGCGGACCUUGAGAAUAAGAUCAAUCAACCGAGCACACCUCUUCGAGAUGUCGGACCAGCAGGACCACCUCAAAUCGUCGACGUCCAGGAAUCCUAUUCCGCGGUCGAAGACUCGACGGCGUACCUCACAGUCGGGGUGGAGGGCACGCCCGCGCCAACGUUCAAGUUCUACAAGGGAAUCACCGAGAUCAUCGAAGGUGGCCGAUUCAAGUUCCUCACGGACACGGAGACCAACACGAUCACCCUCUGUAUGAGGAAGACGAAGCCUAACGACGAGGGCACUUACAAGAUCGUCGUCAGCAACAUCCAUGGCGAAGACUCUGCCGAGAUGCAGCUAUACGUUUCCGACGCCAGCGGUAUGGACUUCCGUGCGAUGCUCAAGAAGAGGAAGUACCAGAAAUGGGCGAGGGAGGAACAAGAACAAGAGAAGGUAGACUUGAAGGAAGUCGAGAAACCAAUGCCGGCUUUGAAGAAAGUAGAAAAGAAACCGGAAAGCUUCCUGAAACCGCUGGUGGAUCAACACGCGAAGGAGGGCAAAGACAAGAAGGUCGUCUUCGAGGCGAACUUCUCGAAACCGAACUGCAAACCCAAGUGGUUCUUCCGCAAAGAUGAAUUAUUCCCUUCGUCCAAGUAUAAGUUCAAAAACGAGGAAGAUUGCUAUCAACUGAUCAUAUUGAAUCCGAAGGUCGAGGAUACCGGCAAGUACACCAUCGAAAUUUCAGGUGUAUCCAGCACAGGUUUCCUCAAUGUCGAAGAACCGGAUCCGACUUAUACCUUCACGAAACCGCUUUCUAAGAAGUCUAGCGGUUACACGAAACACGAAGUGUUAAUGGAGUGCACCGUCAGUUCGAAUCUCGCUCAAGUAUCGUGGUACAAAGGAAAAACUAAGCUCGAGGAUGGCGAUACGUACAGUAUAUCAAAGGACAUGAGCGGUGUUUGCAGACUGACUAUAAAGAACGCAACGAUCGAAGACAGCGGCGAAUAUAUCUGCAAACUUAACAAACAACCCGACAAGACCGAAACCACAUUGACCGUAGUCGAGUAUCCAUACAAGUUCGUGAAGGUGCUGAAAUCGCAGCAGCUGGUCGAAAAGGAAACGUUGACGUUGCUCUGCGAAUUGGACGAUGCCGCGGGCGAAGUGAAAUGGUUCAAAGGUGACCAAGAGAUCGUUGCUGACAAGAGGGUACAGAUCAAAGAAGAUGGUCGGAAGCGAAAGCUGAUCAUCAAAGACACGAAAGUGACGGACGCUGGCCAAUACUCGUGCGUGAGCAACGCAGACAAGACCGAAGCCGAGAUAGUGAUAAACUAUGCGAAUCGGUUCAACAAAAAGCUGAAGGACACGGUGGCCGUGGAAAGAGAGAAGUUGGUGCUGGACGUGGAACUCCAAGAUCAAACCGCACCUGCCGUGUGGCUGUUCAAUGGGAAACCGAUCGAAGCGAACGAGAGGGUGGAGAUCAAGAACUUGGGAGGCGGCAAGCAUCAAUUGAUCUUCAAUAAACUGGAGAUGAGCGACGAUGGCGAGAUCACGUGUGAGAGCGGACAAUUGACGAGCACCUGCAAGCUGACCGUGAAGAAAGGCGAGAGCAAACCCAUAGUCGAGAUUCCCGACAAAAUCGAGGGCCCGUGCAGCGCGCCGCUAGUCUUCGUCGUUCCUUACAAGAUCGAAGGUACAAAGCAAAGUCAAGUGGAGGCCAAAUUGAUGAAAGACGGUAAGCCGUUGCCGUUGAAAGACGUGGAAGUGGUCGUUGGCGAGGACAAGAUCACGUUCAAGAUCAAGAAACCGUCCCGAGAUCAAUCCGGCAUGUACCAAGUGAAGAUCGGUAACAAUCAGGGCGAAGAGGUUCACGACGUGAACAUCAACAUGCAAGAUGUUCCAUCGCCACCGCAGGACGUCGAUGUUACCGAGAUCUUCCAAAACUCUUGCGUGGUCUCGUUCAAGCCUUCGAAGGAUGACGGUGGAUCACCUAUUGUCAAAUAUGUGAUCGAACGUCUCGAUAUGAGCUUGAAAGCUCAAUGGGACAGCGUGGGAGAGGUGAUGCCAGGCGAGAAAACCGUUUACAAGGUUCAGGACCUCAUCGCCAAGAAGGAGUACAAGUUCCGUAUCAGGGCAGUGAACAAACUUGGUUCUAGCGAGCCUGCGAUGUUCGCGAAACCGGUACUCGCCAAAGAUCCGUGGGACGAACCGGGAAAACCAACGAACGUGGAAGUGGUCGACUGGGACAAGGAUCAUGCGGAUCUUAAAUGGACCAAACCGGAGAACGACGGCGGAGCACCGAUCACGGGCUACGUGAUAGAAUACAAAGAGAAAUUCGGUAAAGAAUGGGUGAAAGGAAAGGAGAUAGAAGGAGACGUGACGGAGGCCACGAUCGACGGUCUGAAGGAAGGAACCCAAUAUGAAUUCCGAAUCCGAGCCGUGAAUAAAGCUGGUCCGGGCGAACCCUCGGACGCAACGAAGCCAAUCAUAGCCAAGUGCAGAUUUGUCAAGCCGUACAUCGUCGGCGACGGUCUGACGAACCUGAUCGUGAAAAAGGGUCAGGUGAUCAAAUACGACAUCAAGUAUGCCGGUGAACCCGAGCCGGAGGUCCACUGGUUCCUUGGUCAAAAGGAACUGGUCCAGGAUUCUGCGGAGAGAAUCACGAUCGACAAAUACGAGAGGAAUACGGUGCUCACCGUUAGAAAAACGACGAGGCCAGAUUCGGGAAAAUACAAACUAGUCUUGACGAACAGCUCUGGGACUUGCGAAAGCGUCGCGGACGUCGUCGUCCUCGACAAACCUUCGAUGCCGAAAGGACCGCUCAAGGUGGAGGAAGUGCGCUCCGAUCACGUGAAAGUGAAAUGGGAGAAACCGGAGGACAACGGCGGUACGGACAUUACUGGCUACGUUUUAGAGAAGAUGGACAUGGACACCGGACGAUGGAUUCCGGCCGGAGAGGUCGGACCGAACGAAGAUACCUUCACCUUCUCUGGUUUAACGCCGAAAAAGAAGUACAAGUUCCGCGUGAAGGCUGUCAAUAAGGAAGGCGAAUCCGAACCACUCGAAGUGGACGAGGCCAUUCUCGCCAAGAAUCCUUACGACGAGCCCGGCAAACCUGGCAAGCCAGAGAUCUUUGACUACGACAACGUGAGCGUGUCUCUGAAAUGGGAGAAGCCGUCGACCGACGGUGGCAGACCUAUCACCCACUACACGGUCGAAAUGAAAGACAAGUUCUCCCCCGAUUGGGUCGAGGUAGCCAAGACCACCGACCCAACCCCUGAAGUGAAGGUGGAGGGCCUCAAGGAAAAAAUGGUUUACCAAUUUCGCGUUCGAGCUCAUAACAAGGCAGGUCCUGGCCAACCCAGCGAGCCUACCGACAAUCAUCUUUGCAAACACAAGAACUUGAAACCGAGGAUCGACAGAAGCACGUUCAAGUCCGUGACCAUCAAGGCUGGACGUACGCACAAAUGGUCGGUGGACAUUAUCGGCGAGCCACCACCCGAAGUAAAAUGGAUCUGGAGGGACAACAUUCCCCUGACCACUACGGAACGCAUAAAAAUCGAAAAUGUCGAUUAUCACACAGACUUCUCGAUCAUCAACGCGACGCGUAAGGAUACCGGAAAGUAUACUCUCGUGGCUGAAAAUGCCAAUGGAAAGGACGAGGAAACCGUCGAGCUUAUAGUGCUUGGAAAACCGGACUCGCCGAAAGGACCGCUGGAGGUGACCGACGUUACGGCGACUUCGGCCAAGGUGAAGUGGGAGAAACCAGACGACGAUGGCGGCGUUCCGAUCAAAGAAUACGAGAUCGAGAAAUUGGACACAAAGACCGGUAAAUGGGUCAGGGUAGGAAAAAUUCCAGGCAAUUCACCGCUGACGGAAUUCGAAGUUACCGGUCUGAACCCUGGUAGCGAAUACAAGUUCAGGGUGACCGCCGUCAAUGACGAAGGCGAUUCAGAACCUUUAGAGAGCGAUCGCCCGAUCAUCGCCAAGAACCCGUAUGACGAACCGCACAAGCCCGGCACACCUGAGAUAACAGAUUACGAUAACGAGUCAGUGAGCUUGAAAUGGACACCGCCCGAUUUCGACGGUGGUGCACCGAUCGAGAAAUACAUCAUCGAGAAGAAGGAUCGUUACAAGCCGGAUUGGGAGAAAGCGAUGGAAGUACCCGGCAGUCAGCUCGAAGCUAAGGUAGCAGACUUGAAGGAACGCGGAGAGUAUCAAUUCCGAGUGAUCGCCGUCAACAAGGCCGGACCCUCACCGCCGUCAGACGCAUCCAAGAUGCAAAUAUGCAAGCACAGAGCACUGAAACCAAGGAUCGAUCGUACGAAUUUGAAACCGAUCACCGUACGAGCUGGCAAAACGAUCAAAUACGACGUGGACGUUCGCGGCGAACCACCACCGGAAAUAACUUGGUUCCACGCGGGUCAGAAGGUCCAAAGUGGCGAGAACAUCGAAAUAAUCAACGUCGAUUAUAACACGAAAUUGAACAUUACCGACUGCGUGCGAAAGAAUACCGGGGUGUGGAAAAUAAAAGCUGUGAACUCUCACGGCGAAGACGAGGCGGAAGUCGAGAUCACCAUACUCUCGGCUCCUGGGAAACCGAAGGGGCCAUUGAAGGUGUCCGACGUGACCAAGAAUGGAUGCAAACUGAAGUGGGGCAAACCCGAGGACGACGGUGGCAAGCCUAUCACCGGCUACCAAGUGGAGAAGCUGGACAAGGCCACUGGAAGAUGGAUCCCGGUUGGCCGCACUUCCGACACCGAGAUGGACGUAAAGGGCCUCCAGGAAGGUCACGAGUACGAGUUUAGAGUAAAGGCCAUCAACGAAGAGGGCGAAUCCGAACCAUUGGUCACCGAUGGCACGACCGUCGCAAAGAACCCUUACGACGUGGCCAGCAAGCCCGGUGUACCAGAGUUCGAGGACUGGGACGUUGACCGAGUGGACUUGAAAUGGGAGCCACCGAAAGACACCGGAGGCGUACCGAUCAUGGGUUACAUAAUAGAAAUGAAGGAGAAACCGUCGCCGAACUGGCAGGAGGUAGUCACGACCGAAUCGCCGCAGCCGAAAGGGCGUGUCACCGGAUUGAAGAAGGGUUCGAUCUAUCAGUUCCGUGUUCGUGCCGUGAACAAGGCCGGGCCGUCGGAGGCCAGCGAUCCGACCAAACCGCACGUUGCCAAAGCUCGGCAUCUGAAACCACGCAUCAAUCGCGAGAAGUUGCAACCGAUCAAGGUGCGAGCAGGUCAGAUGGUGAAACUGGAAGUGGACAUCGAGGGAGAACCACCACCAACGGUCACGUGGAGCUUCGGUGGCUCCGAGCUUCAAACCGGAGCCAACGUAAGGAUCGACAAUGAGGACUAUCUGACGAAGAUUCAUCUGACGAACACCAGUCGCAAACUGAGCGGCAAGUACACCAUCAAAGCUGUGAACGAUUCCGGACAGGACGAGGCCGACGUCGAGAUAAACAUCUUGGACAAGCCUGGGAAACCGGAAGGACCUUUGGAAGUGACCGACGUCCACAAAGAGGGAUGCAAAUUGAAAUGGAACAAGCCGAGAGACGACGGAGGCUUGCCUCUGUCUAGUUAUGUCAUAGAAAAAAUGGACGCGACCACGGGACGAUGGGUGCCGGCUGGUAUCGUCGAUCCGGACAAGACCGAGCACACCAUCACCGGUUUAGAACCCAACCAUAAGUAUGAAUUCCGCGUGAAAGCUGUGAACGAGGAGGGAGAAUCGGAACCGCUCCAAACCGACACUGCCAUCACUGCUAAAAAUCCUUACGAUGUACCUGGCGCGCCCGGCCUGCCGGAGAUCAUCGACUGGGCCGAGAACAUGGUGAAAUUGAAGUGGGAACCACCGAUUCGAGACGGCGGAGCGAAGAUCACUGGAUACAUAAUCGAGAUGAAGGACAAAUUCGGAACCACCUACGUGAAAGCUGCCGAAACCAGCGGACCAGCUUGCACGGGAACCGUGACACGACUGGAGGAGGGAAAUCAGUAUCAGUUCAGGGUCAGAGCGGUGAACAAAGCUGGUCCCGGUGAACCGAGCGAGGCUACGAAUCCUCACACUGCCAAGGCUCGAUGGCUGAAACCUUUCAUCGACCGCACCAACUUGCAACUGACGACGGUGAAGGUCGGUCUAACCGUGACUCUGGACGUGAACAUCAUCGGAGAACCGCCACCAACCGUGACCUGGUUCUUUGACGGCAAGGAGCUCACGUCGGACGACACCAUAAGAAUCGACAACAUCGAUUACAAUACUAAAUUCUUUAUACUGAAGACGAAGCGAGCUCACACCGGCAAGUACACAAUCAAAGCGAAGAACGAAGUGGGUGAGGACUCGGCCGAUGUCGAGAUAACUGUGAUUGGUAAACCCAGCAAACCAAAGGGUCCGUUGGAGGUGUCCGAUGUGAACAAGCACGGAUGCAAGUUGAAAUGGGAGAAACCCGACGACGACGGCGGUGUGCCGGUGGAGUACUACGAGAUCGAGAAGCUUGAUCCUUUAACAGGACAAUGGAUCCCUUGCGCGAAAUCGGCAGAACCGGAGUGCACGAUAACUGGGCUUCAGGAAGGGAAACCUUACAAGUUCCGCGUAAAAGCUGUGAACCGGGAAGGCGAGUCCGACGAGUUGGAAACGGACAAAUCCAUCAUCGCCAAGAAUCCGUUCGACGAACCUGGAAAACCAGGUCGCCCGGAAAUUAAGAACUGGGACAAAGAUUUCGUCGACCUCGAAUGGACGCCGCCGAAGGACGACGGCGGUGCUCCGAUCGAAAAGUACAUCGUACAGAUGCGGGACAAGGAAACGCGGCAGUGGAUAGACGUGGCGAAGGUUCUGGGCGAUCGCACCGCUGCCAAAGUGACCGAUGGUAUCGAGCCAGGGCACGAAUACGAGUUCAGAGUUGUGGCCGUUAACAGAGCUGGGCCCAGUGAACCCAGCGACACUUCUAAAAGUGUCGUGGCCAAACCGAGGUUCCUGGCCCCACGCAUCGAUCGCAAGAAUCUGCAGAAGAAGGUGAUGAGAGUGGGUCAACUGCUACGAAUCGAGGCAGAUAUACAAGGUGAACCGCCUCCACUCGUCACUUGGAAACUCGGAGACGCGGUGCUGAAGAGCAUGGAUCGUCUCAAGAUCGAGAACGAAGAUUAUCACACCACGUUCAUCAUGAGCAAAUUGCAGCGAUCGGACACGGGUACCUACACGGUCAUCGCUAAGAACGACAGCGGCACCGAUCAGGUCGACAUUGAAAUUCAGGUUCUGAGCAAACCCGGCAAACCGAAGGGACCUCUGGAAGUAUCCGACGUGACAGCGGAAGGGUGCAAAUUGAAAUGGGAGAAACCUGACGAGGACGGCGGUGAACCCGUGGAUCAUUACGUGAUCGAGAGGAUGGACGUGGACACCGGAAGAUGGGUGCCUUGCGCCACGAGCAAAACUCCCGAAGCCGACGUUACCGGACUCAACGAGGGCAAGGAUUAUAUGUUCCGAGUGAAGGCUGUCAAUUCCGAGGGUGAAUCCGAACCGCUGGAAACGGCGAUUCCCACCACGGCCAAGAAUCCAUACACCGAACCGGACGCGCCUGGGAAACCGGACAUCAAAGAUUGGUCGAAACACCAUGCGGAUCUCAAAUGGAAAGCACCAAAGAAAGACGGCGGUGCACCGAUCGAGAAAUACAUAAUCGAGAAGAAGGAUCAAUACGGAAAGUGGCAAAAGGCGGCCGAGGUUCCAGGAAACAGAACCGACGCUAGAGUCGAAGAUCUGAUAGAAGGUCAGAAGUACCAGUUCCGCGUGAAAGCCGUGAACAAAGGUGGACAGAGCAAACCUAGCGAGCCCAGCGACAGCAUGGUAGCGAAGGAUCGAUACGCAGCGCCUAAGAUCGACCGCACUAACUUGAAGGAUCUGACGAUCAAAGCUGGCACUCACAUCCGGUUGGACGUGAAAGUGUCCGGUGAACCGCCACCAACCAAGACUUGGUACUUGAACAAAGCCAAGCAGGAAGACGGCGGCGUGUUGAGCAUCGAAUUGGAGGACUACAGGACCAAAUUCCUGGUGUCGUCCGCCAGCAGAGCUCACUGCGGCACUCUGACGUUGAAAGCUGAGAACAGCUCCGGGAAGGACGAGGCUUCUGUCCAGAUUCUAGUCUUGGACAAGCCGAGCAAGCCGGAAGGACCUUUGAAAGUGUCCGACGUUCACAAAGAGGGAUGUACGCUCAAGUGGAAUCCUCCGGCCGACGACGGCGGCGUACCGUUGGAUCAUUACGUGGUCGAGAAAAUGGACACGGAAACGGGAAGAUGGAUCCCCGUGGGACGCAGCAAGGAACCGACGAUGGUCGUGGAGAAUCUGGUCCCCGGCCAGGAGUACAAGUUCCGAGUCGCCGCUGUGAACGCGGAGGGAGAGUCGGAACCCCUCGAAACGGACCACGGAAUCGUAGCCAAGAAUCCAUUCGACGAGCCAGGAGCACCGGGUCGACCAGAGGCGACCGACUGGGACAAGGAUCAUAUAGACCUGCGAUGGACUCCACCCUUGACCGAUGGUGGAUCUCCGAUCACUGGAUACAUAAUCGAGAAGCGCGAAAAAGACAGUCCCCGAUGGAUGAAGGCUUGCGAAACCGGUCCCGAGUGCAAGGGACGCGUGGACAACCUCGACGAGGGCGUCGAAUACGAGUUCCGAGUCAAGGCGGUUAACGCUGCUGGCCCUGGCGAACCAUCGGACACCAGCAAGCCGAUCACGGCCAAGAGCCGACGACUCGCACCGAAGAUCGACAGGAAGAACUUGCGCAAUAUCACGGUACGCGAGAACGAAGCGUUCCACUUUGAUGUCAAAAUCAUCGGGGAACCUCCACCGGAUGUUACGUGGCUGCUCAACAACAAGAGCGUGCAGCAGACCACGUUCCGUAGAAUUCAGAACGUGCCGUACAACAGCAAGUUCUUCAAUGACAAGCCCGAGAGGAAAGACAGUGGCAUUUACAAAAUUACGGCCGUGAACCAGCAUGGAUCUGACACGGCCGAGGUCGAAGUCACCGUCGUCUCUAAGCCUGGAAAGCCUGAAGGACCUCUCGAGGUGUCCGAUAUCCACGCGGAGGGAUGUACGCUGAAAUGGAAGAAACCGAAAGACGAUGGUGGAGAGCCCAUCGAAGGAUACCUCGUGGAGAAGUUCGACCCGGACACUGGGGUCUGGCUGCCAGUGGGCAAAUCGACGGGACCGGAAAUGAAGGUGGAAGGACUGACACCUGGACACGAAUACAAGUUCAGAGUGAAGGCGCUUAACAAAGAAGGAGAGUCGGAGCCUCUGGAAACGUACAGCUCGAUCGUGGCCAAAGAUCCGUUCACCGUACCGAGUCCACCGGGAGCACCGGAACCAGUGGACUGGACCGCGAACCAAGUCGAGCUCAACUGGAAAGAGCCUGUCAGCGACGGUGGAUCGCCCAUCACCGGAUACAUAAUCGAGAAGAAAGACAAGUACAGCACAAUGUGGGAAAAAGCUUUGGAAAUCGAAACUCCGACCACGAGAGGCCUGGUCCAUGGUCUGAUCGAAGGCAACGACUAUGUGUUCCGGGUGAUAGCCGUGAACAAAGCCGGACAGUCGGAGCCCGGUGACAUGAGCAAAACGUUCACCGCCAAGCCUCGUUUCCUGGCACCCAAGAUCGAUCGGCGCAAUCUGCGGGAUGUCACGCUGUCGGCUGGCUCGUUAUUAAGAUUCGAUGCUAACGUGAUUGGUGAACCGCCGCCACACAUCGAUUGGCGAUACGGCGCAAUCCCUCUGCAUUCGGAUCGAAAAGUGCAAAUCGACAAUACCGAAUACAGCACCAAGUUCAGUAUCAGACCCGUGUCUCGCGACGACAGCGGCGACUACACUGUUACGGCGACCAACUCGUCGGGAAGAGACUCUGUCACCGUGAUGGUCACAGUCACCGACAAACCAAUGCCACCGGAAGGUCCGCUUCAAGUCACAGACGUUCACAAGGAGGGAUGCAAGCUGAAAUGGAAGAGGCCGAAAGACGACGGCGGCACCCCGAUCGAGUACUAUCAAGUCGAUAAAAUGGAUCCUGAAACUGGAUGCUGGGUACCCUGCGGCCGGUCCACCGAACCUAAUUUGGAAGUGACCGGUUUAACGCCGGGCAAGGAAUAUCUAUUCCGGGUUAGUGCCGUGAACGCGGAAGGAGAAUCUAAACCUUUGGAAGCGGAACAAGCGAUCCUGGCUAAGAAUCCAUUCGAUGAACCAGGCAAGCCCGGCGACGUGCGCGUGACGGACUGGGACAGGGACCACGUGGAUCUCAGUUGGAGUCCUCCGCUGAACGACGGUGGUUCGCCCGUUACCGGAUACAUAAUUGAAAAGAAAGACAAAUACGGCGAAUGGGAAAAGGCGUUGGAAGUACCAGCGGACGAUACUUCGGCCACUGUACCUGACUUGAUAGAAGGCCAGCCGUACGAGUUCCGCGUACGAGCCGUGAACAAGGCCGGCCCUGGCGAGCCUUCCGACGCUACGCCAACGAUCAUUGCCAAGCCUCGAAACCUGGCGCCCAAGAUCGACCGCACAAAUCUGGUGGAGGUCAGAAUCAAAGCUGGUCAGAACUUCAGCUUCGACGUGAAAGUGACCGGCGAACCGCCGCCAACUACCAAGUGGAUGCUGGCUCGACGAGAAGUCCGAUCCACUGAGAGGAUCAAAGUCAAGCAUGUAGAUUAUAAUACGAGCCUCAGCGUGAGAAUGGCUACUAGGGCCGAAUCGGGCACGUACACGAUCACCGCUGAGAACUUAAGUGGUAUGGACGAGGCAACGGUCAAGGUGACCGUCCUCGACGUACCGAGUCCACCGCAAGGACCGCUGAGAGCGACGGACGUCCAUGCGGAAGGCUGCAAGCUCACGUGGAAACCACCGGAGGACGACGGGGGUCAACCUAUCGACAGUUACAUCGUCGAAAAGAUGGACGAGGCUACCGGUCGUUGGGUACCCGCCGGAGAAACUAUCGGUCCCGAGACCUCUUUAGACAUCGACGGACUCACUCCGGGCCACAAGUACAAAUUCCGAGUUCGAGCAGUUAAUAAGCAGGGCAAAUCCGAACCGCUCGUAACUGCUCAGAGCAUUGAAGCUAAGAAUCCGUUUGAUGAACCAGGAAAGCCUGGGACACCCGUGGUCAGCGACUAUGACUCGGACUUUGUGGAGCUGCAAUGGUCUCGUCCAGAGCUAGACGGUGGAUCGCCCAUCACUGGGUACAUAAUCGAGAAACGAGACAAAUACAGUCCCACUUGGGAGAAAUGCGCCGAGGUGGAGGGCGACGUAAAUCGUGGAAAGGUGAACGACCUCGUCGAAGGCACGAACUACGAGUUCCGAGUCAGGGCGGUGAACAAAGCUGGCCCUGGUGAACCAUCGGACGCUUCGAAAUCGCACUUGGCCCGACCAAAGAAUCUUCCACCGAAGAUCGACAGGAAGUACAUGCUGGACGUGAAAGUGAAAGCCGGUGGCUUCUAUGACUUUGACGUCCCCGUAAUUGGAGAACCACCUCCAACGAAGGAAUGGUCAUUGAAGGGUACGGUCCUCGUAGCGAACGAUCGUAUAAAGAUCAUAAACGAAGAUUACAAUACCAAAGUCCGCGUGAUCGAAGCGAAACGUUCGGAUUCCGGCGUGUACACGCUCGAAGCGAAGAAUAUCAAUGGCAGAGACAGUGCUACUCUGAACGUGAAUGUAUUGGACGUGCCGGCACCACCGGAAGGUCCUCUCAAGAUCGACAACGUGACCAAGAACGGGUGCAAUUUGAAAUGGCGACCACCCAAGGACGACGGUGGCUCGGAGAUUCAAUUCUACCAAGUGGAGAAGAUGGACACGGAAAACAUGCGUUGGGUGCCCGUCGCCGAAGCUACCGGCACGUCGGCUCACGUCGAUCAUUUGAUAGAAGGCCACGACUAUCAAUUCCGCGUGCGCGCGGUCAACAAACAAGGCGAAUCGCCGCCGCUCACGGGAAUGGACACUAUAACUGCGAAGGAUCCGUUCAAUAAACCCGACAAACCUGGAGUACCGGUUGCCACCGAUUGGGACAAGGAUCGCGUGGAUUUGGAAUGGGCAGCACCCAAGAAAGACGGUGGUUCGCCCAUCACAGGAUACAUCAUCGAAAAGCGACCGAAAUUCGGCGAAUGGGAAAAGGCUUUGGAGAUCGACGCUAGUAAAACGAAUGCUAGAGUGCCCGAUUUAAUAGAAAAUCAAGAAUAUGAGUUCCGGGUGAUCGCUGUGAACAAAGCCGGCCCCAGCGAACCGUCGGAAGCCUCUGCUCCGAUCAUCGCCAAACCUCGUUUCCUUGCACCGAUCUUCGACCCUCACGCGCUGAGCGAUCUCGUCGUGCGAGCUGGGCAGAAGAUAAGCUACAUCAUUCCUUUCCAAGCCUCGCCCAAACCCACGGCUACCUGGUCUUUGGAGGGCGAGGGACUGAUCAUGGCUGACGCGCGUCACGAGAUGUACACUACUCAUACGGAGACUACGUUUGAAAUUCCUUUCUCCGUCCGCUCCGACACUGGCCGCUACACGCUAACUUUGGAGAACGAUCAAGGAAAAUUCAGUUCGAGUGCUAGAGUGACAGUCCUCGACAGACCGUCUCCACCCUUGAAACCGCUUCAAAUCAGCAAAAUUACUAAAGAAGGUUGUCACUUGGCUUGGGGCCACCCGCUGGACGACGGAGGCAGUCCUAUUCUGCAUUAUGUCAUCGAGAAGAUGGAUUUGUCGCGAGGCACUUGGUCGGACGCUGGUAUGAGCACGAUUCUAAGCCACGAAGUGGCGCGAUUGACGCAUCGCAAAGAGUAUCUGUUCCGAGUGAAAGCCGUCAACUCCAUCGGAGAGUCCGACCCGCUCGAAGCGUCCAGGAGUAUCGUAGCCAAAAACGAAUUCGACGAACCGGACGCGCCUGGAAGACCUCAGAUCACGGACUGGGACAAAGACCACGUGGACCUGCAGUGGCCAGCGCCGGCUAACGACGGCGGUACUCCGAUCACUGGCUACAUCGUCCAGAAGAAAGAGAAGGGCAGUCCGUACUGGGUGAACGCGAUUCACGUUCCACCGGACCAGACCAAAGCCACUGUUCCCGAUUUGACGGAAGGACAGGAAUACGAGUUCCGUGUGAUCGCCGUUAAUGCUGCCGGUCAAUCGGAGCCGUCAGAACCGAGCGAUCUCAUCACUGCCAAACCUCGUUACCUGGCUCCGAAGAUCAAGACUCCUUUACAAGACAUUCGAAUCAAGGCUGGUCUCAUCUUCCACGUGGACAUCGACUUUAUCGGCGAACCGACACCGGAAGUCACUUGGACCGUAGGAAGCAAGGAUUUGGAGACGAACCAGAGAACGACCGUGACAUCGAUCGGUUAUCACACGAUCGUACACACUGUCAAUGCUCAGAGAUCGGAUUCCGGCUUGUAUCAUCUGUUGCUGAAGAACAGCAGUGGAAUAGACGAAGGAAGCUUCCAAGUGAUCGUGCUCGACAGACCAGGUCCGCCGGAAGGACCAUUGGAAUACGAAGAAAUCACGAGUCAGUCAGUCACUUUAUCGUGGAAACCACCUAAAGACAACGGUGGCAGCGAGCUCACUGGCUACGUGAUCGAGAAACGCGACUUAACGCACGGUGGUGGUUGGGUACCAGCGGUGACCCACGUUAAUCCCAAGCAAACUCAUGCCACGGUGCCCAGAUUACUCGAAGGUACCACGUACGAAUUCAGAAUAUGCGCGGAGAAUCUUCAGGGACGCUCCGAGCCUCUCACCACCGAUCGUUCGAUCGUCGCCAAGAAUCAAUUCGUUGUACCCGGACAACCUGGUAAGCCGGAAUGCGUGGACGCGGACAAGGAUCACAUAAAGAUCAAAUGGACCGCGCCAAUCAGCAACGGAGGAUCCAAGAUCAUCGGUUACGACGUGGAACGUCGGGACCGCGCGACAGGUCGCUGGCUGAAGUUGACCAAGGAGCCAGCGAAGUACGCUGAGUACUACGACGACCACGUGACCGAGGGCCAUCAGUACGAGUACCGAGUGACCGCGAUAAACGCCGCCGGCGCGGGCAAACCUAGCGACACGUCCGCGGUGUUCAUCGCGAAACCGAUGAAAGAGAAACCCAAGUUGAAUUUGGACGCGCUGAUCGGGCGCAAGAUUAAAGUACGCGCUGGAGAACCCAUCAACGUGAACAUCCCGCUGUCAGGCGCGCCCACUCCUACCAUCGAAUGGACCAAGGACGCGAAGCGUCUCAUUGAGACUCUCAGAAUAUCGACCGAGACGAAGACGGAUCGCACCAAUCUACUGGUGGAGAAGUCGGUCCGCGAGGACGGUGGAAUCUACACGGUGACUGCGACGAACGAGUACGGAAAGGAUUCGGCCGACAUCGACGUGACCGUUGUGGACAGACCAGGACCGCCUCAAGGUCCGCUCCAAUACACGGGCACGACCCAGGAGAGCGUGUCUCUGUCGUGGAACCGACCAUUGGACGACGGUGGUUCGGACGUUACUAAUUACAUCGUCGAGGUCUCGGACUAUGGAGCCGACAAUUGGAGGCAGACACCUGGCUACUGUCCCAGGACGAGUUACAUGGCGAAGGGACUCACCGAGGGUAAAAAAUACGUAUUUCGGGUACGAGCAGAGAACAUGUACGGCGUGUCGGAGCCGUUGGAGGGUAAACCGAUCAUUGCCAAGAGCCCGUACGAUCCACCGGAUGCACCUAGUCAACCUGAGAUUCUCGGCUACACGCCUAACAGCUGUAGUCUUUUAUGGAACGCGCCGCUCAACACCGGUGGCAAGCCUAUCACUGGAUAUUACGUGGAGAGACGCGAGAGAGGAGGCGAGUGGUUGAAAGUCAACAACUAUCCCACUCCGAAUACGACGUUCACCGUACAGGAUCUUCACGAGGGAUCCAAGUAUGAAUUCAGAGUGAUCGCCGUUAACGAAGCUGGUCCUGGCAAACCUAGCAAACCCACCGAGCCUAUCACCGCUGGCCAUCAACGUCUGCGUCCAGACGCUCCCGAGCCACCGAAACCUGACAGGAUCACGAAGGACUCGGUAACGCUGAGCUGGCGACCACCGCGAAACGACGGAGGAGCCAAGAUCAGAGGCUACAUCGUCCAGAUGAAGCAGAGAGGUCAGGACGAAUGGGACGACGUGAACGGCGCCUUGAUACCGAGCAACGUGUACACGGUACCGAAACUGAAAGAGGGCGAGGAGUAUCUCUUCAGGGUGAUCGCGGUGAACGACGUCGGUAAAAGUGAGCCGAGCCGAGCCAGCAACCCGAUCGUGAUCGAAGAGCAACCUAACAAGCCCGUGAUGGAUCUCGGAGGAGUUCGCGACAUCACUGUUCGCGCCGGUGAAGAUUUCUCCAUUCACGUGCCGUACAUCGGUUUCCCCAAACCCACCGCCACUUGGUUCGCCAAUGACGUGAUCAAGGAUGAAACGGAUUCGCGCGUGCAUCAACAAUUGGGCGACGAUUACGCGAGUUUGGUGGUAAAGAACGCGAAACGUUCGGACGGAGGACAGUAUCGCCUACAGUUGCGCAAUUCUUCGGGCUUCGACACUGCCACGGUGAAUGUAAAAGUUCUCGACCGUCCAAAUCCACCUGUGAAUCUCCAUGCAGACGAAUUCGGUGGAGAUGCUCUGACGCUAUUCUGGAAUCCACCCAAGGACAACGGAGGCGCCGAUAUUACCAAUUACGUCGUCGAGAGACGAGAACCAAAGGGAUCAUGGUCGAAGGUGAGCAGCUACGUGACGACACCGUUCGCCCGAGUCAGAAAUCUGACAGUGGGAAGCGUGUACGAAUUCCGAGUAAUGGCUGAGAACCAAUACGGCACCUCGGAUCCCGUGACCACGAUAGAUCCGAUCAAGGCCAGGUAUCCAUUCGACCCGCCGGGAGCACCUGGAGCUCCGAGAGGUGUCGAAACAACGGAAGACAGUAUCACAAUCACUUGGACCAAGCCCCGUCACGACGGAGGAUCUCCUAUCCUUGGAUACGUGAUCGAGAAACGUCUCCUCAGCGAGGACAAAUGGGUAAAAGCUACUCCGUCUCUGGUUCACGAAACCACCUACAGAGUGACCGGUCUCAUCGAGAAUCGCGAUUAUGAGUUCCGCGUCGCGGCUGAAAAUGCAGCUGGUCGCGGACCAUGGAGCUCGAACUCGGAGGUCAUCCGAGCCAGUGCUCCGGCAUUCGCACCGAAGAUCACGUCGGAUCUCAGCAUCCGUGAUAUGACGGUGAUAGCCGGAGAACCGUUCACGAUAACGGUUCCGUUCACGGCGAACCCGAAACCGAGACCAAGCUGGUCGAUCAACGGUGAAGAAGUCCUCGUAGGAGACAGGAUCAAAUUCGAAACAACGGACAUUGCUUCGCAGUUCAUCAACAAGAAAGCGAAGAGAUCCGACACAGGAAAUUACACAAUCUACCUGACCAAUACCGUUGGCACGGAUUCUGCUUCGUGCAAAGUUCUCGUCGUCGAUAAACCGUCUCCACCGCAAGGACCGCUCGACAUCUCUGACAUAACUCCGGAAACUUGUACAUUGUCCUGGAAACCACCGUUCGACGACGGUGGCUCUCCCGUUACAAAUUACGUCGUCGAGAAAUUGGACCCGGCUGGCUAUUGGGUGAAGCUGAGCAGCUUCGUUAGAAACACGCACUACGACGUGAUCGGGUUGGAACCGAACAAGAAGUACAACUUCCGCAUCCGAGCGGAGAACCAAUACGGAGUCUCGGAGCCGCUGCAAGCGGACGAACCCAUCACCGCCAAAUUCCCAUUCACCGUUCCCGAUCCUCCGGGACAGCCUCGCGUGAUCGACUGGGACACCUCCAAUGCGACUGUGGUCUGGACCAGACCGAUAUCCGACGGUGGAUCCCGAGUGCAAGGGUACAAGAUCGAGUUCCGAGAUCCCGCGGACGACGCUACUUGGCGAGUGGCAAACGACUACUUGGUCAAGGAUACUACUUAUAUCUGCUACGGGCUGUUAGCGGGACACGAAUACGAAUUCCGCAUACGCGCCAAGAACGCGGCCGGUUUCAGCAGGCCGAGUCCGCCUUCGGCACCGUUCAAACUGAAGAGCAAGUUCAACGUGCCUUCGCCGCCGGGAACGCCGCAAGUGACCAAGGUCGGAAAGAACUACGUCGAUCUGAAAUGGGAAGCACCGAUUUCCGACGGCGGCAGCCGUAUCACCGGCUACGUGAUCGAGAAACGCGAGGUCGGAAGUGCGAUUUGGAUCAAGUGCAACGAGUACAAUGUCACGGACACGGAAUACACGGUUCUUCAUCUAAUCGAACGCGGCGAUUACGAGUUCAGAAUAUUCGCCGUGAACGCCGCGGGAAGGUCCGAGCCGAGCUCGUGCACCACUCCCGUGAAGAUCUGCGAGGUGGAAGGUGGAGAGAAACCAGAGUUCGUAAGACCUUUACCUAUCUCGACGAGCGUGCCGCUCGGAAAAACUUUGGUGCUCGAAUGCGAGGCGGUCGGCAAGCCAUUGCCGACAGCCAGGUGGCUGAAGAACGGAAGAGAGAUAACGGUAGGCGGUCGAUUCAGAACGGAGGCUUUCGACGGUACCUACAGGCUCGUGAUAACGGAAGUGACGGACACGGACAACGCGGAUUACAGUUGCCAGAUCUCGAACCCUCUUGGCCUAGCUACGUGCACGGGUCGCGCGAAGAUCGGCUCGCCGCCGCGCAUCGAGCGAAUGCCAGACGUUUUAUACCUGGCCGAGGGCGACAACACCAAGAUCAAGAUCUAUUACAGCGGCGAUCAACCGAUGGACGUGGUACUGAAGAAGGACGGACGGAAACUGGAAGAGACGACGCACGUCAAGUACACCGUGUUCGACGAAUAUCUGAUCAUCUUCAUAAAAGACAUCCAGAAGGACGACGAGGGUACGUACGACCUGUCGAUCUCGAACGACAGCGGCAGCGUGAGCGGCUCGUUCCAUGUGGUCGUCACUGGUCUCCCCGGACCGCCGACCGGACCUCUCGACAUCACCGAUAUCGACAAACAUACCUGCACUCUGUCCUGGCAUCCGCCGAAAUUCGAUGGCGGCCUCCGAGUCACUCACUACGUCGUCGAACGUCGCGACGUCAGUCAUACGCAUUGGAUCACCGUAUCCUCGUUCUGCAAAGACUGCACAUUCAUGGUACAGGGUCUGGCGGAGGGACAGGAGUACCUAUUCCGCGUGAUGGCCGUGAACGAGAACGGUAUGGGUCCUCCGUUGGACGGAGCGAACCCGAUAAAGGCCAAAGCGCCAUUCGAUCCUCCAGGUCCACCGGGAACACCGAAGGUGACGGAAGUCGGUGGAGAUUUCGUGAAUCUCUCGUGGGAGAAACCGGAAUCGGACGGAGGCUCGAAGAUCCAAGGAUACUGGAUAGACAAACGCGAGGUGGGCAGCCAAACCUGGCAGCGCGUGAACGUAGCGAUUUGCUUGCCAACGCAGAUCAACGUGAGCAACCUGAUAGAGGGAAGGCAGUACGAGUUCCGCGUAUUCGCUCAGAACGCCGCGGGUCUCGGCCCGGAAUCGAAAGCUUCGACGUCCGUGAAGAUCACGGAUCCGCAAGCUGCCAAACCUCCGGAAGUGAUCCAACCUCUGCACAAGGUCAACUGCGUGCAAUAUCACAACGCGCAGUUCGUUUGCAAGAUCGUGGGUAUUCCGAAGCCGACGAUUACCUGGUUCAAAGGCGCCCGGGAGAUCGUGAGUGGGUCUCGAUACAACAUCUACUCCGAGGGCGACACGCACACGCUUAUAAUUCACGACGUAUUCGGAGAAGACGCGGACGAGUACGUCUGUCGCGCGGUGAACAAAUGCGGAGUGAAAUCCACGAAGGGAGAGCUUCUAAUCAAGACCCCACCGAAAUUAAAUGUGCCGCCGAGGUUCCGAGACACCGCAUUCUUCGACAAGGGCGUGAACGUCGUGAUCAAGAUCCCGUUUACUGGAUACCCGAAGCCGAAGAUCACUUGGGUCAGGGAAGGAGAGACGAUCGAGUCCGGAGGACACUACACCGUCGAGGCGAAGGAACGGCACGCUGUGCUCACGAUUAUAGACGGCAGCCGCAUCGAUUCCGGACCGUAUCGUAUUACAGCGGAGAACGAUCUUGGACAAGACACGGCAAUCAUCAAGAUCCAGAUCAGCGACAGGCCAGAUCCGCCCAGGUUCCCGCAAAUCGACAACGUGGGACACGAUUCGUUGGCCCUCAGCUGGAAACCGCCAGUCUGGGACGGUGGCAGCAACAUUACCAAUUAUCUCGUGGAAAAACGAGAACAUCCGAUGACCAGCUGGAUCCGAGUAGGAAACACCAGGUUCUGCUCGAUGGCAGUGACCGGGCUCAGUCCGGGACACCAAUACGACUUCCGAAUUUGCGCGGAGAACAUUUACGGCCGCUCGGAUCCGAGCGAAGUGACACCGUUGAUCACGACCAAGGGUACGGUCAAACGAGAGUUCAAGCAGAAGGAGUACAAGGUGGAUGAGACCGGAAAGAAGAUCCGCGGACGUAGCGACGAGAAACCCAAGGACUACGAUCAAUUCGUGUUUGAUAUCUACAGCAAAUACGUGCCGCAGCCGGUCGAGAUUAAGCAUUUCUCGGUCUACGACAGAUACGAUAUCCUCGAGGAGAUCGGAACCGGAGCGUUCGGCGUGGUGCAUCGCUGCCGCGAACGAGCGACAGGAAACAUUUUCGCAGCCAAGUUCAUUCCCGUUUCCCACGCGAUGGAGAAGGAGCUCAUCAGGAAGGAAAUCGACAUAAUGAAUCAACUCCAUCAUCCGAAGCUGAUCAAUCUCCACGACGCCUUCGAAGACGACGACGAGAUGGUUCUCAUUUUCGAGUUCCUGUCCGGUGGAGAACUGUUUGAGAGGAUCACGGCCGAAGGUUACACAAUGUCCGAGGCCGAGGUGAUCAAUUACAUGAGACAGAUAUGCGAGGGCGUCAAGCACAUGCACGAGAAGAACAUUAUACACUUGGACAUCAAGCCAGAGAACAUCAUGUGCCAGACGCGCACCAGCACCAACGUAAAACUGAUCGAUUUCGGAUUAGCUACAAAGCUCGAUCCGAACGAAGUAGUAAAGAUCAGUACAGGCACGGCGGAAUUCGCUGCACCAGAGAUUGUCGAACGUGAACCGGUCGGCUUCUACACGGAUAUGUGGGCUUGCGGUGUCUUGGCCUACGUUCUGAAUAUCCAAUUAAUUAUUGACAUCGAGACUCUGAAGAACGUGAAAGCAUGCGACUGGGACUUUGAUGAGGAAGCAUUCCGUUACGUCUCCGAGGAGGGCAAGGAUUUCAUCAGACGAUUGCUCGUCAAGAACAAAGAGAAACGCAUGACCGCGCACGAGUGUCUCCUCCACCCAUGGCUGACCGGCGACCACAGCGAUCGCACUACGCCGAUCGCAGCCAGCCGAUACCUGAACUUCAGGGACAGGCUACGAGCCAAAUACGAGGACUGGGAUAAAUACGUCCUUCCCAUUGGCCGACUAUCCGAAUACUCUUCCCUCAGGAAACUGUUAAUCGAGAAAUACAGGAUCUACGAUUCCUGCUUCGAUCGGCGGCAAGCGGCGCCCAGGUUCGUGAUCAAACCUACCAGCGCGUUCGCCUACGAGGGCCAGAGCGUGAAAUUCACGUGCCGCGUGAUCGCGAUCGCCGCACCGACUCUAACAUGGUUCCACAACAACCAGGAGCUUCGACAGUCGGUGAAAUUCAUGAAACGUUACCACGGCGACGAUUACACGUUCAUCAUCAACAGAGUCAAGCUGGAGGACAGAGGAGAAUACGUGAUCAGGGCAGAGAAUCACUAUGGUUACAGGGAGGAGGUCGUGUUCCUGAACGUGCAACCGUUGCCAGUGGAUAUUCCAAAAUACAGGCCAGAACUGCACCCGGUCCGAAGGAGGGAACCUCUCGGUUACAACGUCUGGCUAGAGACGAUCGAGUCAGCUCCGUCCUUCACCUUCUUGCUCAGACCUCGUGUGAUUCAAGUCAGGCAAACGUGCAAACUGCUCUGCUGCCUCGCUGGCAACCCACCACCCACGGUCAAAUGGUACAAAGAUAAAGAUGAACUCUCGAAGCAUCACUACCCGAUGACACACUCUGACGGUGUCGUUACCAUGGAAAUAAUCGACUGCAAGCCGGGAGACAGUGGAAAGUAUCGGUGCGUCGCGACCAACAAACACGGGAAAGAUGAGACCAGCUGCGUGGUCAUAGUGGAAGGCACCGGAGAAACCGAGGAGCAAGUUAAAUUAGCGCACGACCUCCUACAUUCCGGAGAUCGAAGAUUUAUCGAGCAACCGCUGAAACCUGCACCACCGCCGAUCGUGACGGUGCACAAAUCCGGUGGAUACAGCGGAUACAGUUCUACCACGACGCAGGGUCACAGUAGCUCUAGCUACAGUAGUUCAAAUAUUAAACACAACAGUUCUUCAUCUUACAGGGCCACGGAAUCCAGCAGCGUGUCGGACAAACGAAGCACGAAGAAGUACGGUCUCGACUCCACCGGUAGCCCAUCUCGUUCCAGGAAUACAACCAAAGAGUUGGCUUAUCCACCGGACGAUUCGAUGCGAGCACCGAAGUUCACGAAGGAACUGAGCGAUCUGACGAUCAACGAUGGAGAACAGUUGGAGCUGAACGUGAACGUCGACGGAGAUCCCGAGCCGCAAGUUACCUGGUCGAAGAACGGCAAGACUCUGCGCUCGUCAGAGAUCGUCAGCUUAAAGUACAAAGGCGGGGUGGCCACCCUCGUUAUCAACGAGGUGUUCCCCGAGGACGAGGGCGAGUACAAGUGCCAAGCGACUAACAGCGUCGGCACGGUGACUACAUCUUGCAGAUUAACGGUGAAACCGAUGGCGGGCGCAGCAGCCAAGAAGAAGACCGACGACAAGCCGCCAAAGAUCGUAGACCACUUGACGAGCAUGUUCGUCAAGGACGGAGAAUCCGUCCUUCUGAGUUGUCGAAUAAUCGACGCGAAAAAGUUCGACGUUGUGUGGCUUCACAACAAUAAAGAGAUCAAGCCCAGCAAGGACUUCCAAUACAGCAGCGAAGCUAAUAUCUACAAAUUGAACAUUGCCGAGAUAUUCCCCGAGGAUUCCGGCACGUACACCUGCGAGGCGUUCAACGACGCAGGAGAGAGUUUCUCGUCGUGCACAUUAAACGUGCUUGUCGCAAACGAGGAACCGAAGAGUCCAGUCUUCACGACAUUCCCGCAAUCCGCAACGAUAAGCGAAGGCGAAUCGGUCACGUUCGUAUGCAAGACAGAAACUGCCCCUCUGAAAGUAACGUGGUUGAAAGAUGGAAAAGCGAUCCCGGAAUCUAGCAGCAGGUACCUAUUCAGUUCGGACGGUGACAAAUCGUUCGAGUUACGUAUAAAAGCGUGUACGGCCGGCGACGUAGGUCAAUACGUGGCACGCGCAAUCGGCAAGAAGGGCGAGACGAACGCUGCCUUCGCCCUCAACGUUACCGGUGCCAACGAGUGAUGUUUCAUGAAACCGUUGCUCGCGCGUCGUCGCGCGAAUACAAUUACCGCUACAGGCACACACCAGGUUGGCCCGCAUCUACUCGUCCCGUCCUCUGCUACCAAUUUUUUGUUAACCAAUGACCCCUACUAUGAACGAACCCUACUACUGACUGGCUGACUUCCUACUCUCUUUUCAGCUUUUCUCUAGCCUCGGCAGACAGACGGACGAACGGACGAAUGGACGAACGGACGAACGGACGGACGGACGGACGGACGAACGGACGAACGAAAUAGAUGAACGGGGAAAAUCGUGCAAACAGAAAAAAUGUUGCCGAAACUAUUUUAUCUGCACGAGUUGGAAAACUAUCGUACUUUAUAUGUAAAUUAACCAGGAACGCUCUACGUAUUUAUUUGUUUAUGUGCUUAUCGUACCGCAAACGUUGCGUUAUAUGUGGCAAGGGGUAACGGAAGGAUCCGAGGCGUUUUCGGCAACGAUUACGGAUAGCACGCGCGCGAACACGCUAAUUCUUCGAGCUUUACCCGCGGUAUACGACACGUACAUGCGAUAGUAGACGCGACGAGCCAGCACACGCGACUCGAUCGCGCAGAACGGCAGUGUACAUGGCAGUACAAUGUAUAGUAAUAUGAUGGUAUGACGACCAAAGAAACGGCCUUUCCCUAUUCUACACAGUUACGAUAAUCGAUCAUAACAUAAUAAGAACAAGACGAGCAAGGUAGCCGCCAGCAUCCUCAUAAUAUAAACAUAAAGAACGCAUAUUCCUUACCUUGCGGUCGGUGUGUGGAUUAUCGGGACUGGGAAAGGAUCGACGCUGCCGACACAAACAUCCUUGUUUCAUGUAAUCAUUGUCGCGUUAUACAUGUUUGAAGACUGCUUCCGUAAAAGAAUUUCAAAUAAAAGAUGACCCAAAGAUACU